AUGGGGGCAAACACCUCCAGCAAGUCCCCACCCUCUGAUGGGAAUGAGGAUGUUACCUUCGACCAUUUUGAGAUUUUGCGAGCUAUUGGGAAGGGCAGCUUUGGAAAAGUCUGUGUGGUGCAGAAGACUGACACCAAGAAGAUGUACGCCAUGAAAUACGUGAACAAACAGAAGUGUGUGGAGCGUAAUGAAGUCAGAAAUGUUUUCAAGGAGCUGCAGAUUAUGCAGGGCCUGGAACACCCCUUUUUGGUUAAUUUAUGGUACUCAUUCCAGGAUGAGGAGGACAUGUUCAUGGUGGUGGACCUGCUGCUUGGAGGGGACCUGCGCUACCAUCUCCAACAAAAUGUGCGGUUCCAAGAGGGAACUGUGAAACUCUUCAUCUGUGAGCUGGUGCUGGCCCUUGACUACCUGCAAAGCAGGCACAUCAUCCACAGAGACAUCAAGCCUGACAACAUUUUGCUGGAUGAGCACGGACACGUGCACAUCACCGAUUUCAAUAUUGCCACGAUGCUGACGAGGGACAGCCCUGUCACCACCAUUGCUGGCACAAAGCCCUACAUGGCACCUGAAAUGUUUAGCUCCACAAAACCCACCAGCUACUCCUUCGCCGUGGACUGGUGGUCACUGGGAGUCACUGCCUACGAGCUGCUCAGAACUCGGAGGCCGUACCACAUUCGGUCCAGCAGCUGCAGCGAGGAAAUCGCCGGCGUGCUCCGGACAGCUGCGGUGAUGUACCCGGCCGCCUGGUCCCCGGGCAUGGUGGCACUGAUCAGGAAGUUGCUCGAGCUGAACCCUGAGAAACGUUUUUCUCAGCUGAAGGACAUUCAGUCCUCCCCGUAUCUGUCUGAUGUCAACUGGGAUGCUGUUCUCCAGAAAAGAAUAAUGCCAGAAUUCAUUCCCAUGAAAGGCAGACUGAACUGUGACCCAGCCUUUGAACUGGAAGAAAUGAUCCUGGAAUCCAAACCUCUUCACAAAAAAAAAAAGCGCUUGGCUAAGAAGGAGAAAGAUACAAGCAAAAGCAAUUCAUCCCAGGCCAGCCACCUCCAGAAGCACCUGGAAAUGCUCCAGAGGGACUUCAUUGUUUUCAACAGAGAAAAGGUAAGACCCCACCAUGACAGCAUGCAAGAGACCCUGACAGAAAGUGGAGGCCCACACAGGGAGGACAAUCAGAACAACCACCUCUGAGAACAG